GCUCUAUCCGAGAUGUGCCGCAUCGAUUAUUCGACCAUCAACAACCAGCAUCAUCGUAAAUAUUCGCAGCAGCAGGCCGGUUUGUCUGGUGGAGCAGGAAAUAAUUCUGCAGGCAACAUCCUGACAAUCGAAGAGCUCAGAACUCAAUUGGUCUCUUGUUUCACUUGCGGCGUUUCUUGGGCCGAUCAGCAGGUUUCGCUGGAUUGCUCCGAAUGCGGAGGCUAUGCUCUCGAGAGACCCUGCCCUCUUUGUGAUGGCAAAUGUGGCUCUCAACCUUGGCGCAGAGAUUUCACCAUGUCUCAUGCAUGCAGCAAGGCCCGCUGGGAGGGGCAGUGCUCCUUAGAAGUUCCAAAACCCGCCGCCGCCGCCGCUGAAACCGCAUCUUCCGGUCCAGAGACCGCCGAAAGCGGAGAUUCACGAUCCGCUUCCGUGACCGAUUCGAAAACAUCCGCUGGAGCGUCGGAAUUACCCGAACUGUGCUCGAAACUAGAGAAACUUGAGACGUGACGUCAUAUGUCGUUUUAAACUUCGACACGUGUCAGCGCUGACAUAUGGUAGGAAUGACAUGACAUGACAUGGAGUGAAGUUGGAAGUAUUGACAUGUGUCGGUUGUGAUUUGAAUUGGGUUAUAUCGAAGUAUUGAACCACGCGAAUUUUGAAUAAGUCUUGUGCUCAUGUCUAAAAAGCAAUCUUUUUCUAUUUUAUUUAAUCAUAUAUA